AUGAGUGCUUCUGAUGUUAAUCCUGGAGAUAUUUUAAGACUUUUCACUGAUCAAGAAAAAUAUAUGCAGGCUGCUAAAGGUGUUUACCAAGUCCUUAACACUAGAAAGUUUGAUCCAAAUACAAAAAGUAGGAAAAAUAUCAUUAUCUUAACUGACGGAAAAUAUCAUGUUAAAGCGUUGUUAAGAAACACUGCUGCUGACAAGUUCCAGACUAGUGAUUUACAGAAAGGUGACAUUAUACAGGUACUUGAUGGUGAACCCCAUGUUAUUUUGGAGAAAAAAAAAUUUGUCUUUUUAGUUGAUGAUUUUACGGUGUUACAACGUAAUGCUAAAUUUAGUGAGGAAGAGAGUAUCUUUUUAGAUAAGUAUUUAUAUGAUCAGAUGGACAGAUUGAUACCUGAAUUGAAAGGUGGUAACACAACCUCGAGUACUACUGUUCAACCUCCAGCAACCACAACCAGCGCCACCACAACACCUGCUACUUCUGGCAUUUCUAAUCAAGAUUUUCAAAGCAAUUUAGCUUCUUCUACAAUGAUGUCGAAUUCUAAUAUUGAUUCUACAAAUAGAUAUCAUGGUGGCACCAGCAAUACCAGUGGUUCUCAAAAGUCUAGACCUAUCUUUGCUAUUGAACAAUUAUCUCCAUAUCAAAAUGUUUGGACCAUUAAAGCAAGAGUCUCUUAUAAAGGGGAUAUUAAGACUUGGCAUAACCAAAGAGGAGAAGGGAAACUGUUUAAUGUUAAUUUCCUAGAUACUUCGGGUGAAAUUAGAGCUACUGCCUUUAAUGAUAAUGCUGUCAAGUUUAAUGAAAUAUUGCAAGAGGGUAAAGUCUAUUAUGUGUCAAAGGCGAGAUUACAACCUGCUAAACCACAGUUUACCAAUUUGUCGCACCCUUAUGAAUUGGCUAUGGACAAAGAUACAAUUAUUGAAGAAUGUUCAGAUGAAACAAAUGUUCCAAGGACUCAUUUCGACUUUAUUAAAUUAAAUACUAUUGAAAAUCAAGAAGCUAAUUCUACUGUAGAUGUAUUGGGUAUCAUUCAAACAGUUAACCCACAUUUUGAAUUGACUUCUAAGACAGGUAAAAAAUUCGAUCGUCGUGAUAUUACUAUUGUUGAUGAUUCAAAUUAUUCAGUCUCUGUAGGUCUUUGGAAUCAAUUGGCACUUGAUUUUAAUUUGCCUGAAGGGUCAGUGGUCGCUAUUAAAGGGGUGCGUAUAUCUGAUUUUGGUGGCAAAUCCUUGACUAUGGGUUUCAAUAGUACUCUGAUUCCAAAUCCGGAGAUUCCAGAAGCUUAUGAAUUGAAGGGUUGGUAUGAUUCUAAAGGUCAUAGUUCUAAUUUCACAUCUUUAAAACAAGAAAUUGGUACUGCAAAUAGUGGUAAUGCAGCCAAGUUUAUCUCACAGAGAAUUACAAUAGCCAAAGCUUUUGCAGAUAAUUUAGGUAGAAGUGAAAAGGGUGAUUAUUUCAGUAUCAAAGCAGUGGUCAGUUUCUUAAAAGCUGAUAAUUUUGCUUAUCCUGCAUGUUCAAAUGAGAAUUGUAAUAAAAAAGUCGUUCAACAAACAGACGGUACAUGGAGAUGCGAAAGAUGUGAAGUUAAUCAUCCUGAACCUCAAUGGAGAUAUAUGUUAACCAUCUCUGUGAUGGAUGAAACAGGUCAAAUAUGGCUUUCCUUAUUCAACGAUCAAGCAGAACAAUUGCUGGGUAUUGAUGCAGGAAAAUUGACAGACUUGAAGGAAAACGAUCCAGACUCGUUUACUAGUAUUACGCAAAAUGUUCAAAUGGCAGAAUACGAUUUUAGAAUAAGAGCGAGAGAAGAUAACUAUAACGAUCAAAGUAGAAUUAGAUACACUGUGGCUAAUUUACAUAAAUUAAACUUUAAGGCUGAAGCUGAUUAUUUGGCUUCUGAAUUAUCCAAAACAUUAUUAAAUUGA